AGCAAAUGAAGCCCAAUCUUUCUAACCAGAAGAAACGAAGAACAUAGUACGGACCACGAGUGUGCAUAUCUGUGGACUCAACUCGGUUUACAAUUCCGCUACCGGGAUCGAAUGACGGGGGUUUCAGUGCUCAGGGGCGUCGUUCACGGCGGUUCAUCUCUUCUUCAUCACUCCCGGCUCCCAACUUUAAGCGGAUCGGAGAAGUCGAUGAAGCUCCAGUACCGGAUUCACCGGACAGGGAUUACUCUUAUUGCUCGGUACUCGCAGGCCCGUGAGAUUUUCACCUCUCGUCUUCAAGAUCGUCUUGAGAACUUUCCUGAACUUGUCGAGGAUGUUGUUAAAACAUCCAUAAAUACAGGUCAGCGUGGAGCUUUAAGGCUUGCUCAAGGUAUCCAAGCUGUAAUUGGAGUUGGUAGUGAGUGGUUGGCCGAUGUCCCAAAGACAGCAAACUCACCCACUAGAUUACCAACCGAGAUGCAGCUUGGGUUAUUAUCCCCCAUGUAUUUGAGGAAGCUGUUUGAACGCAUGGGUGCAACAUAUAUUAAGUUGGGGCAGUUUAUAGCAUCUGCUCCCACAAUAUUUCCACCGGAAUAUGUUCAAGAAUUCCAAUACUUUUUUGACAAAGCUCCUCCAGUUCCGUUUGAAGAAAUUCAAACAAUCUUGUGUGAGGAGUUAGGCAGACCAAUUGAUAAUGUGUUUGAUUAUGUUGACCCUACACCAAUCGCAUCUGCAUCCAUAGCACAGGUGCACGUAGCAAGAAUAAAAGGCUCUGAAGAUGAUGUUGUAAUAAAGGUCUUGAAACCUGGGAUAGAAGAUAUUUUAGUAGCUGAUUUGAACUUUGUGUACAUAGUGGCACGUAUUUUGCAGUUCUUGAGUCCUGAGUUAGACCGCACAUCUCUGGUUGCUAUUGUCAAAGACAUAAGGGAGUCGAUGCUUGAAGAAGUUGACUUCACUAAAGAAGCUGCAAAUAUUGAGGCGUUUAGGAGAUACCUAGAAACAAUGGGUUUAACUAGGCAAGCUAAAGCACCAAGAGUGUACCAGCAGUGCAGCACACGACGAAUCCUGACAAUGGAGAGGCUUUAUGGGGUUCCACUCACUGAUUUAGACUCAAUAAACUCACUUGUCCCUAAUCCUGAGGCCAGUCUUAUAACCGCUUUGAAUGUGUGGUUUGGAAGCUUGCUUGCAUGUGAGUCGUUCCACGCUGAUGUACAUGCCGGCAACUUGUGGCUUCUUCGUGAUGGUCGCAUUGGUUUUCUUGACUUUGGAAUUGUUGGUCGCGUAUCUCCUGAAACAUGGGCUGCUACUGAAUUGUUUUUGGGAUCAAUAGGAACCAAAGAAUAUGGCACAAUGGCUUCUGCCUUAAUUGACAUGGGUGCUACUGGCAAGGCUGUUGAUUCCAAGGCAUUCGCAAGAGAUCUCGAAAACCUUUUUUCAUCAAUUCAGGAAUUGGAUACAAAAAUAAUUGUUGCAGCAGCACAAGACAGGAAGACAAAAGCAACUGCUGUCUCUGCCAAUGUCGUUUUCGAAGAGACGCAAAUGAAUGCUCUUUUUCUUGAUUUGGUUCGAGUUGGAGAGUCUUACGGGCUAAGAUUUCCACGGGAGUUUGCGCUUCUGAUGAAACAGAUACUAUAUUUUGACAGAUACACAAGGCUGUUAGCUCCAAAUCUGAACAUGCUUCGCGACCAACGGAUCAACAUUGCCCAAAAUGAUCGAGACUUGUUUGCUUGAGAAAUCAUCUCUUCCCACUUCUCCAUGGUGGUCACCAGGUGAACAUUCCCUCCACCAAGCUCUGAUGAUUCUCUAUUAUUCUUACCUUCUUCAUCCUCCCCUAUUUGUCCGCAUAACUGCACACACACAUACAUAUAAAUUUUCUUGUAUAUUAAUACAAUUUAGAAGUAAUAUAUACAAAUGUAUUACUCCGUAUUAUAUUGUAUGAAAAUAAAUAAUGCUCAUAAAUCUUUUGGCUGUUU